CGCAGGUUCUGAAACGCGCUGUGUGCACUAUGGCUGUGGCUUCGCCCAGAGGCGCAGCCGCACGGUAACUCCAGGGCGCCGGUACGACGCUGCGGGAAUCGCAGAGAUAUUUCCGCGAGAGGACCAGUAGAUCCAGCAUUUUCACAGUCUCCCAAAGGCAACCGAACAGCAUUCCUUUAGAAAAAAGCUAAGCGGGCUCUCCCGUGGAUUACAUUCACGUUAUGAAACCGCGAACACAUGAAAGUUGAACUGCGCCACUCAGGCAGACUGGAAACAUUUUUUCCCCAAGUUUUCAUCUGAACGUUGGAUACACAUAUUUUGGAUUUACUUUUAUUUAUUUUCUUUCCGAAUAAUUUAUUUUUUACGCUUCCAAAUUCCACCACUUUAUAAAGCGUGGAAUCUGAAUAUUUUCCCGGGUGUGUCUGAAUGUUAUCGGCGAUUUUUAAUGUUUUUUAUUUAUUAAUUUUUGGAGCCUAUCGCAGAUGGAGACUUGCCCCGCUGAUGUCUGAAGAGCCUCUUUAGUGCUCUUGCUUUCCGACUUCGAAUAAAACGCAAGCGGAUUUGUGAAGAUAAACUUUAUCUCACUAAAAAAAAAUCAUAUGGUGGCAGGAUUGGUGAAAGCCCGAAACGAAAACCUUUAAAAGGAAAUCGCAUUGUCUACUGGCGCGGGGGUUUUCUGUAACUGUUCAUAACUAACACUUUUCACAGACCCGAUGUAGCUGGUGGCGGAGGGGUGAAGGAGAGCCCUGCGUUCUAAGACCAUUGAGAAAAAAACUUUUUUAUUCUCGCUCAAAGUAGUGAAGAAGCUUGUCUGUCACAUUCGGACAUACGUUAUAACCUCGGCACGAAAUCCGGAUAGGUGUGAAUUUCUCCACAGGAUCGCAGUGUUUUUUAAUCGCUCUGCUGUUGACAAUAGCGGUGGGACAAGCGAGUUGCUGGAACCCGGCGCUGGAGAAUGAUGCCGCGACGAUAGCAGGCACACACACAAAAAAGCAACAACACCACACACUUUCACAUAGGCACGCACACACGCGCACGCCCGCGCGCGCGCACACACAUACACAUAGUACAGAGAAAAAAUACAUAGGCAAGUUGACUGUUUUCAGCGUCAUUCCAUUGGACUAUAUCAGCUAAGAUACGUCUGUAGGAUUAAUUUAGUUUAGAUUUUUAUUAGAACUAUUUAUAUUUUUAAUUUUUACUUUUUAAUUUUUGAAAAUUUUUUCUGCGAUCACAACUGCGUUUUCUUUAACAAUUUUGGGGGAAAAAGGCAAUUCACUUUUUUUAACCAAAAGGCGCGAGUCUCCUGUGUUUCAUAAUAGCUGGACCUUAACAGAAAAUUUGAAAAAAGAGGCGCUUCCUUCGCAAAUAUUUUUAUACAAAUUUUGCUAUUUAUUUUCCCCUUGUCCCUUAACAAGCUUUGAAAUUCGCUGUGGAAAGGAGUUGCUAACACACUGGCCGGGCCGCCCCCCCACGCUAAAAGACUUCUCCGAUGGAAAUACACUGUAAACACGACCCGUUCGCAGCAAUGCAUAGACAUGGUGGGGUGAACCAGCUGGGCGGCGUGUUUGUGAACGGGCGCCCCCUGCCUGACAUGGUCAGGCAGCGCAUCGUGGAGCUGGCGCACCAGGGGGUGAGGCCCUGCGACAUCUCCCGCCAGCUACGCGUCAGUCACGGCUGCGUCAGCAAAAUUCUGGGCAGGUACUAUGAGACAGGCAGCAUUAAGCCCGGAGUCAUCGGAGGAUCCAAACCAAAGGUUGCUACACCCAAAGUUGUCGACAAAAUCGCCGAGUACAAACGCCAAAACCCCACCAUGUUUGCCUGGGAGAUCAGGGACAGGCUGCUGGCGGAGAGAGUGUGUGACAAUGACACCGUGCCCAGCGUCAGCUCCAUAAACAGGAUCAUUAGGACGAAAGUCCAGCAGCCUCCUGGCCAGCCAGGCUCUGUCUCCUCUCACAGUUUAGCCUCCACGGUCACGGUGACCCAGGUGUCAGCGGUGACCAGCGACUCGGCCGGCUCCUCCUACUCAAUCAGCGGGAUUCUGGGAAUCAGCCCCGCAGCCGACGGCAGCAAGCGAAAGAGGGAGGAAGGCCUGCAGGAGUCGCCGCUGGCCAACGGGCACUCCCACCCGGGGCGGGACUUCCUGAGGAAGCAGCUGCGAGGGGACCUGUUCACGCCUCAGCAGUUAGAGGUACUGGACCGAGCGUUCGAGAGACACCUCCUCCCUGACCACUACCCCACCCCUGAGCCCAGCGAGCCCCAGGAGACGACGGACUAUUCAGCCAUGGCCACCCUGGCCGGGGGCCUGGAGGAGAUGAAGAGCAGUCUCGCCAACGCCGGGGGGGCCGACCUGGGCACCAGCGUCCCCGGGCCGCAGUCUUACCAGCUGGUGUCAGGUCGUGACUUAGCGAGCACCACGCUGCCAGGGUAUCCUCCGCAUGUGCCCCCUGCUGGACAGGGCAGCUACUCCACCCCUGCGCUGACUGGCAUGGUACCGGGUAGUGACUUUUCUGGCAGCCCGUACUCCCACCCGCAGUAUUCCACGUACAACGAAUCCUGGAGAUUUCCCAACCCCGGCUUGUUAGUGUUCCAGCAGGACUAUGGUUCACGCCUGGGCACCGAGAUUGGAUGCACCUCGGGGCUUUUUGCCAGCCAGUCGGGCCAGAUGCAAGGGUCUCCGUACUACUACAGCACAGCUACGCGAGGGGCCGGCCCAGCCGCCACCACCACUGCCUACGACCGCCACUGACCCGCCCCUCCGAGAGAGGGGGACGACAGGAGGGAGACGGAACGACAGCGCCAGCGCCGCCCAGCAUAUGUCUGCCCCGAGGGAGGGGAAGGGGAGGGAAGCACUCGUUUUUUCUACAAAUU